CUGCGCACUGGGAGCGCUCAUUGUGCCCCGCAGCUGCCGAACCGCCCGUCAGUCAGCCCGCCAGCCGCCCGUUCGGUGCGUUAGUCUGCGAGAGUCGGGUGGUGGGUGCGGAGCCUGCGGCCGUUCCCGCGGCCUCCUUCUCCGUCCUCCCUGUUUCCCUCACCUCCACCCCACACUCCUUUCUCCAUUCCGGCUCCGUCACCCUCGGGUCCCUCACACUCAGGACGAGAAUGCCCUGCCCGGAACAACCCAGCAGCGCCUAGAUGGCUUUGGUCACGGUCCAGCGAUCGCCUACUCCCAGCACCACCUCCAGCCCCUGCGCCUCGAGCUCUCAUUUGGAAGACAGUGAAUCAGCAGCAUUUCUUUGCUGUGAAUGUGAAGAAUCAGAAAUCUUUAGUGAUUCCAAUGAGGCAGACAGUGGGGAGGAGGAAUGCCGGUCACAGCCCAGGAGCAUCAGCGAGAGCUUUCUAACUGUCAAAGGUGCUGCCCUUUUUCUACCACGGGGAAAUGGAUCAUCCACACCAAGAAUCAGCCACAGACGCAACAAGCAUGCAGGUGAUCUCCAACAGCAUCUCCAAGCAAUGUUCAUAUUACUCCGCCCAGAAGACAACAUCAGGCUGGCUGUGAGACUAGAAAGUACUUACCAGAAUCGAACACGCUAUAUGGUAGUGGUUUCAACCAAUGGUAGACAAGACACUGAAGAAAGCAUCGUUCUAGGAAUGGAUUUCUCCUCUAAUGACAGUAGCACUUGUACCAUGGGCUUAGUCCUGCCUCUCUGGAGUGACACCCUAAUUCAUUUGGAUGGUGAUGGUGGGUUCAGCGUAUCGACAGAUAACAGAGUUCACAUAUUCAAACCUGUGUCUGUGCAGGCAAUGUGGUCUGCACUACAGAGUUUACACAAGGCUUGUGAAGUGGCCAGAAUGCAUAACUAUUACCCAGGCAGCCUGUUUCUCACCUGGGUGAGUUAUUAUGAGAGCCAUAUCAACUCAGAUCAAUCAUCAGUCAAUGAAUGGAAUGCCAUGCAAGAUGUACAGUCCCACCGGCCUGACUCUCCAGCUCUCUUCACUGACAUACCAACUGAACGUGAGCGAACAGAAAGACUAAUUAAAACCAAAUUAAGGGAAAUUAUGAUGCAGAAGGAUUUGGAGAAUAUCACAUCCAAAGAGAUACGAACUGAGUUGGAAAUGCAAAUGGUGUGCAACCUGAGAGAAUUCAAAGAAUUUAUAGAUAAUGAAAUGAUAGUGAUCCUUGGUCAGAUGGACAGCCCUACACAGAUAUUUGAGCACGUGUUCUUGGGCUCCGAAUGGAAUGCCUCUAACUUAGAGGAUUUACAGAACAGAGGGGUGCGGUAUAUUUUGAAUGUCACUCGAGAGAUAGAUAACUUCUUCCCAGGAGUCUUCGAGUAUCAUAACAUUCGGGUAUAUGAUGAAGAGGCAACGGAUCUCCUGGCUUACUGGAACGACACUUACAAAUUCAUCUCUAAAGCAAAGAAACACGGAUCUAAAUGCCUUGUGCACUGCAAGAUGGGGGUGAGUCGCUCGGCCUCCACUGUGAUUGCCUAUGCGAUGAAGGAGUACGGCUGGAAUCUGGACCGAGCCUAUGACUAUGUGAAGGAAAGACGAACAGUGACUAAACCCAACCCCAGCUUCAUGAGACAACUGGAAGAGUACCAGGGGAUCUUGCUGGCAAGCAAACAGCGGCAUAACAAGCUCUGGAGAUCUCAUUCAGAUAGCGACCUCUCAGACCACCAUGAACCCAUCUGCAAACCAGGGCUAGAACUCAACAAGAAGGAGAUCACCACCUCAGCAGACCAGAUUGCCGAGGUAAAGACCAUGGAAGGUCACCCACCCAUACCUCCUGUCUUUGUGGAACAUGUUGUCCCACAAGGUGAAAAUCAGAAAGGCCUGUGUACCAAAGAAAGAAUGAUCUGCUUGGAGUUUACGUCUAGGGAAUUUCGUGCCGGACAGAUUGAAGAUGAAUUAAACCUAAAUGACAUCAAUGGAUGCACAUCAGGGUGUUGUCUCAAUGAAUCAAAAUUCCCUCUUGACAACUGCCAUGCAUCCAAAGCCUUAAUCCAACCUGGACAGGCCCCAGAAAUGCCCAACAAGUUCCCAGACUUAACAGUUGAAGAUUUGGAGACAGACGCACUGAAAGCAGACAUGAACGUCCACUUACUGCCAAUGGAAGAAUUGACAUCUCGCCUGAAAGACCUCCCUAUGUCCCCUGAUCCUGAGUCACCAAGCCCCCAACCCAGUUGCCAGGCUGAAGUCUCAGAUUUCAGUACAGAUCGCAUUGAUUUUUUUAGUGCCCUAGAGAAGUUUGUAGAGCUUUCUCAAGAAACCCGGUCACGAUCUUUUUCCCACUCAAGGAUGGAGGAACUGGGUGGAGGAAGGACUGAGAGCUGUCGACUGUCAGUGGUAGAAGUAGCCCCUUCUGAAGUGACAGCUGAUGACCAGAGAAGCAGCUCUUUAAGUAACACUCCCCAUGCGUCAGAAGAAUCUUCAAUAGAUGAGGAACAGUCAAAGGCAAUCUCAGAACUGGUCAGCCCAGACAUUUUCAUGCAGUCUCUCUCAGAAAAUGCAAUUUCAGUCAAAGAAAUUGUCACUGAGAUUGAAUCUAUCAGCCAAGGAGUGGGACAGAUUCAACUAAAAGGAGACAUUUUAUCCAACCCAUGCCAUACACCAAAGAAGAACACCACCCAUGAGAUGCCCCUUGAGAGGACCCAGGUCCCAGAGAACAAACCUGGAAAUUUGGAGCCGAAUGAGGGUUCCUGCUCAGCCCAGCCUGAACUAGCCAAAGACUCAGGGAAGUGGGACCCAGAGGGCUGCCCAACUGUGCACUCAUCCACCACAGACUUGGAAGAAGAGGAACCAGCUGAGGGGGAACAAGAGCUCUGGGGCCCAGGGAUGCACCCAGGUGCCAAGUGGUGCCCUGGAUCCGUGAGAAGAGCCACCUUGGAGUUUGAGGAGCGAUUGCGACAGGAGCAAGAGCACCACGGUGCCACCCCUGUUUGUACCUCAUUGACCACUCGCAAGAAUUCCAAGAAUGAUUCCUCUGUGGCAGACUUAGCACCAAAAGGGAAGAGUGAAGAAGCCACCCUAGAACACUCAUCUGUCACCAGGGAACCAGAUAUCAACAAGGGCAAAGAGAAAUGCAGUGGGUCCGAGGCUGGCUCACUACCACAUUGUGAGCAAGAUGUCAUUGUUCCAGCACCCAAGUUGCUGGAUUUUCACCCCUUGCCAGCUCCUCAGGAGUGCCUGGAGUCAGAGACUAGAACCAAACAGCAAGGAGUCCUGAAGGAGCAGAGGACUGUGGUUUCAUGCCAGGGAUUUGAGACACAGGCAGUCCCUCUUCCCAGGAAGAUAGAAAUCAUUGAGUACACACACGCAGUUACAUCACCAAGUCACACUGAGUCAGGGGAGGGAAUAGCCACCAGUGAGACAAGUGGGGAGCAAGGACUGAGGAAAGUGAAAGUGGAGAAGUCCAUCACUAUGCUCUGUGCACUGGAUGAAAAUCUGAACAGGACGCUGGGCCAUGACCAGGUUUCUCUGUACCCCAAAGUGCUACCUCUGCCUCAUUCUUCCUCUCCUGAGCACAACAGGCCCACUGACCUGACCUCCACCCUGAGCAGCCCUGAAGACUGGGACAACAGCCCGACAACAGCCCUGGACACAGCAACUCCUUUUGUCAGUCACACAACCCAUGUACCAUCUGCCAACCUGGAUUACCUGCAUCCCCAGACCGUGGUUCACCUGGAAGGCUUCACAGAGCAAAGCAGCACCACAGACAGUGAGCCCUGUGCGGAGCAGGGUCACUGGGAAGAAAGUCAGGAGGGCCUUCUGUCCAGUGGCAAUGAAGUGCCAUAUGAGGGCUCCCAGUUACGUAGUGAAGACCUAAGUUUAAUUUGCAAACUUAGUGACAACAUUGGGAAGUUACAAGAAAAACUGGACCCAUCACCUAUAGCCUGUAGACUCCCACAUAGCUCUAGUAGUGACAAUAUAAAGGGUCUUAGCCACAGCCCCAGUGUGGUGAAGGAGCACACUAAAGAAAUGGAGUCCCAAGUGAUUUGCCAGGUAGGGCUCACCAAACCAUCCCAAAUGAGGCAUGCAGCUUCCCUCGCCAAGUUAGGUUACUUGGACCUGUGUAAAGACUGUUUACUGUGGAGGGAGCCUCUCUCCUCCGAGUCCCCUCAUCUCAAACUUCUUCAGCCCUUCAUCAGAACAGACUCAGGCAUGCAUGCCAUGGAAGCCCAGGAACCCCCAGAAAACUCAGAUGCCCCUCAGAACCCAGAGCCCACCAAGUAUUUUAUAGAGCAACUUAAAACAAUAGAGUGUAUCGCACAGAGCAAGCCAGUGGAGAGGCCCCUUGUACAGUAUGCCAAAGAAUUUGGUUACAGUCAGCAGUGUUUGCUCCCCAAGGCAGGACCUGAAUUGACUAGUUGUGAAGGAGGCCUUCCUCUGCCGCAGACCCAGGGGCUGCAGCAUGCAGGCCCAGCUCCAGAGCUGGCUUUGGCUCCCUGUGAGCAACACAGCAGAACUCACCCCCUUAGGAGACUGAAAAAAGCAAAUGACAAAAAACGGACAACCAACCCCUUCUAUAAUACCAUGUGAUUCUGAGCCUACACAUGUGACUUUCUAAAAGAAAUGUUUGUAAAAGGGGCAGGUGUAAUAUGUAAGGAACAUGCACUUUAUUGGUUAAUUUUAUAAUAUUUUGGUCAUUUUACUGUGUCUGGCGCAUGCAGGGUUUGGGGCUUUUUCCCUCUGUGUAUGUAUGAGAGAGAGAUUGAUUUGGAUGGCAAGACCAUUUUAUCAUUUUUUAUUUUUAGAAAAUUCAAACCUCAAAAUAUAGUCAUUUUCAGAGAACACCUUUGUCAAAGGCAAAUUGCUGUUUUUCAAUCAACUGCCACCUGCUCCUUUUGCCCUCUGAGAAAAGGCAUGCUUGCUUGAUUGAGGAAGAACGCAGAUGGGGAGGGUGGGGGGUGAAGCCGGAAAUUGAAAAUGCUCCCCCUGGGCCACUGUGACGACGGUUUGCUCUCCAGACCUGAUGCAUCAGAUGAGCUGAAGGGCAGCGGGACAUCAGCAUGCUCAGCCUCGGUCCCCAGUCCUAGCCCUUUGGAGUUCCUGAAGUGGACAGGUUCUGCUACUUUCAAAGGGAGUAUUCGAGAAUCCAUUUCUUCUGGUAUUCCUGAGUGGAUCAUUCCAAAAAGGCGUGAUGAUGGCUGACUUUGUAAGCUUGUCAAGCAAUUCGUUUUUGUUUUUUUAUUAAAAGUAAACCCCAAAUGAAAUCUGAGAGGCCUUCUCUAGAGGAGAGCAUAAGAAGGAGGUGAAAUGGGGGCGGGGGGGGGAGGAGACUGCUGCCCACUACCUUCAGGGUAAUGGGCUCCACACAGGUGGCCCUGGCCCUCCCUGCCAGGAAACGUGCUCUGCAGCAUCCUCCCAACAGACACAAUAGGGACAAGUUUGAAAAACAGCAAUUGAAAGUCAGUGUGUUCUUGUAAAAUGAAUACAUAUGUAGGGUUUUAACCCUUCCAUUACUUGAAUAAUUCUUUGGGCCUCUGAGUUUAAUGGCCAUAUUUUUUCCAAUUUAUCUUCCUCCCUCAUGCUGUUUCUCCCAGUGCUGCCUUUUUUUUUUUUAUA